CGGUGAGACAGGACAGGCUUCCCCGGAUAUGAUGUCAGGGAGUGGCUCUUGGGGCUGUAUAGCAAGAUGGCUGCGCCCAGCGCAGGAAAAGUCUAAACUGAAAAGAGUAUGAAUAUUGGUUCCAGUUCCUCCAAGAUGAUGAUAUUUCCUGAAAGGGGAAGGUUAUGAUGUCUGUGGUGCAUCGGUUGUCAGCUGGAUGGCUACUGGAUCAUCUUUCUUUUAUCAACAAGGCUGGCUACCAGCUCUGUCACUCUUCCCAACGCCCUGAUGGGGCUCCCAUUACCUCCACCUCUUCUGUGAAUCCUGUUGUUCCUUCCUGCUUUACCAGUAUAUCGUCUCCUGUUGAUGUACCUGCUCCUGAGCUUGGAGCUGCUGUAGAAAGAGCAGUUGAAAUCUCUCACACACGAUAUGUGUUUCGGGAUGAGUUCUUUCAAGUCUUUAAACCACAUAUUGUUGCAUUUCCCCAAAAGAAACCACAACAAAGAAACUUAGAGGCUGGUCACACAGGGCUAAAGGACAACACCAAUGGAGCAGAGCAGGAAGGAGGAGCCAGGAGUGAUGAUGCAGAUUCUGUUGCCAGUGUAAGAAAGACGUGUAAAAGAAAGCAUAGUGGGCUCAACCAAGGUGAACUGGAUGCUUUAGAAUACCAUACAAAGAUUAGAGGGCUGAUUUGGGAUGGUUCUACAAGUAUAGUCCAAGAAGGGUUCAAAAGUGGUUUCCUUCAAUCUAUAUCUGCAGAACACAGUUGCAGCAAGAAUGUUGUUAUGGAACAUAUUGGCUGUGGGUUAGCUGAAUUAUGUGAAAUGGCAAAGCGGUUUCCCUCUGUGAAUGAAAAUGCCCAUCAAAUUAUACAAAUGACAGCUGAAGUGACCAUUCCAGAGCAGGAUCUGUUGUCAUGUGUUACAGAAAACAUGACAAGUUAUGCAAAGAUACUGAAUUUAAUGGGGCAGAAAUAUCUGGUGCCUCCAAAAAGCAGCUUCCUUUUAUCUGAUAUUUCAUGCAUGAAACCACUUCUGGAUUACAAGAAAAAAUAUGAUGUAAUCGUAAUAGACCCACCGUGGGCAAACAAGUCUGUUAAAAGAAGUAACCGAUACAGCUACUUGUCUCCCUGGCAAAUCAAGCAAAUUCCCAUAUCAGCACUAGCUGCUCCAAAUUGUCUUGUGGUCACAUGGGUGACCAAUAGACAGAAGCAUCUACGUUUUGUUAAAGAUGAACUCUAUCCUCACUGGUCUGUUAAAACCCUUGCUGAGUGGCACUGGGUAAAAAUUACCAGAUCUGGAGAAUUUAUAUUUCCACUAGAUUCUUCCCACAAGAAGCCCUAUGAAGUUCUUGUAUUAGGGAGAGUUCAAGGAAAUGUGGAUUUGUCAUUAAGGAAAUCAGAAGUAGAAGAGCCUUCAAUUCCAGACCACAAAUUAAUUGUCAGCGUACCCUGCAUUCUUCAUUCACAUAAACCUCCUCUUGCUGAGGUUCUGACAGAAUUUAUCAAGCCGGAUAUGGAAUGUUUGGAGUUAUUUGCUCGCAGUCUGCAGCCUGGUUGGACCAGCUGGGGAAAUGAAGUUCUUAAAUUCCAACACAUUGAUUAUUUUACUACUUUGCAGAGUGAAAACUGACUGUCGUGCCUUAAUUAGAAGAUUCCUCUCCCACCCCAGCUCUAGAACCUAUUUUAUUUAUUUAUUUUUAUUGCUGCUGGGACAAUUUGAAGUCAAUGUAAGUGGAACUAGAAUAGGCUCGAUUAAAAUCCUUGCACUUCUGAUUGCAUUAUGGUACUGUAUUCAUUUUUACAAGGUGUUUCUUUAUUUUGAUUUUCUCGAGACGAAAUGGAGUGGGGUGAGCUGGGAGGAACAUUUACAAAUAUCAGAGUAUAAUCUCUAUAGGUAAAGAAUGAUUUUCACUGUUAAUUUUUUCCCAGGUAAGACUCCCAUAAAUCCUAGCUUCUUAUUAAAUGCUAUAGUGCAAUCUUAGGGCGGUAUUUCACCACUUUUAAAGUAAGCCAUUUGAAGUAAAUGCUUCAGGAUUAAAUAUCUGUUCUGAAAGAAAGUAGGUCUUCAGGUUGGGUUCAGAAAACCGUGGAGAUUGAAGUAAAUAAGUAUAAACAUGUAUUCAUUUUUCUGUCUGAUAAGAAAUAGUGAGUAAUGCCUAUGUUAACUGACACACAGACUGUUGACUGGUGCAUGUUCUGUUUAAAAUUACGCUUUUAGGAUACUGUUAGUUUCUAAUUCCAUCUUUGUAUGAAUGAUAUUAAUUCUUUGUAUCUAUUGUACAUGAUCAAAGUCUCAACAUCUUGCAAACUCUGCAUAUUAAGGCAUUAGAUUUAACGGAGAAGUGUAACAAUAUAAAUAUUUUAUAAAAAUCUGUUCCUCAUGUUCUUGAAAAUGUUGUAAAAAGUAAGGUUUGAGCUCAUUACCUGCGUUAUGCAUUUUUUAAGCUUCACUUUCUUGUAAUUUUUAUGGGACGUGAAAUUGUAAGAGAAAAUUUAUGUAUUCAGAGUUUUAGAUGUUUUGAACCUUUCCUUUGAACUGACUAUUACUGUUUCUGCAAAAAUUAAAUAAGAUUUUUUUGAGCGAUU